AUGGGGUUCGGUGAUAAGUGGUGGAAGUGGAUGAAAAGGUUGGUCUUUCAUAGUAACAUGUCCGUUUUGGUUAAUGGAUGUCCGACAAAGGAGUUUUGUGUUGAGAAAGGAUUAAUACAAGGCGAUCAUUUAUCUCCUUUUCUUUUUGUUCUUGUUGCCGAAGGACUUACGGGUCUUGUUCGGAAGUCGGUUGCAAAUGGUGUUUUUAAAGGAAUGGAUAUUAAUGGGAAUUGCGGGGCAGAUAUCCUUCAAUUUGCGGAUGAUACUUUAAUAGUAGGAGAAGGAAUUUGGAAUCAAGUUUGGUCUAUUAAAGUGGUUUUGAAGGCGUUCGAGAUGGUAUCGGGCCUUGGGAUCAAUUACCAUAAAAGUAAGUUAAUCGGGUUAAAUGUGACGAGCAACUUUUUAGAAGAUGCCACCUAUGUUCUUUCUUGCAAAGUGGAGGAUAGUUAG